AUGGUGGUCGAAACGAGAGAAGGAGGUAAGAGGAAGGAUAAUCCAACGAAGGAAGAGUCUCGGAAAGUGAAGUUUGCAAAGACGACGGCGGAGGGCUCCGAUAAUAUCGAGAAGACAACGACGGAGGGCUCCGAUAAUAUCGAGAAGACGACGAUGGAGAAUGUUGACUCAACGACAAAGAUAACAGAGACUGUUGAAUCAACGGUACAGACGAGGGAGACGAGUAAGGAUUCGACGGAAAAUGAUAAUGAGAAUGAAGUUUCUGAAGAAGGAAAUGGAGGUGGAGAAGAAAAUGAUGAUGAGAAUGAAGUUUCUGAAGAAGGAAAUGGAGGUGGAGAAGAAAAUGAUGAUGAGAAUGAAGGUUCUAUUGAAGGAAAUGGAGGCGGAGAAGAAAAGGAUGAUGAGAAUGAAGGUUCUGAAGAAGGAAAUGGAGACAGAGAAGGAAAGGAUGAUGAGAAUGAAGAUUCUAAAGAUGAAGGUUCUGAAGAAGAAAAGGAUGAUGCUAAUGAAGGUUUCGAAGAAAAUGAAGAAGGAGAAGAGUUAGCAAAUGGAGAUAGAGCAGCAAACGAGAAUGGGAAUCCACCCGAACCCGAGGGUUUGAAUGGAAAUGUGGGACUCGAUAUAAUCAAACCAACGAGGAUGUUCUUCAAGCCCAGUGAAUACAACAAAAAAUAA